AUGCAUGAGCACGGGGACGAUCUGGGUUUAUCCAAGCUCACGAUCAAGGAUGACUUUUACGGGCUGAUUUCACGAAAGACAACAGCAAAGCAAGCCGAGCAACUUGAAAAUGGAGUCGACAACCCAUUCACCAAGAAGCCAUUCAGCGAUCGGUACAAGACGAUUCUUGAGACGCGACGACAAUUGCCUGUGCACAAGUAUCGAGAACAAUUUCUUUCGAUGGUUCACUCUCAUCAAUUUGUUGUUUUGGUGGGCGAGACUGGAUCCGGCAAGACGACGCAAAUCCCGCAGUUCUUGGUGUACGACGAAUUGCCGCAGCUCAAAGGGAAACAAAUUGCAUGCACACAACCACGACGAGUAGCAGCCAUGUCAGUUGCGCAGCGUGUGGCAGAUGAAAUGGAUGUUGAAUUUGGACAACAAGUCGGCUAUUGUAUUCGAUUUGAGGAUCAUACCAGCCCCAACACUUUCCUUAAGUACAUGACAGAUGGCAUGUUGCUGCGGGAAGCCAUGACAGACCCCGAUUUAUCUCGCUAUUCCACCAUCAUUCUUGACGAGGCUCAUGAACGCACUCUUAAUACCGAUAUCCUUAUGGGUUUAUUGAAGCAGAUCUGCAGAAGGAGGAAAGAUUUACAAGUGAUCAUCAUGUCAGCCACCCUUGAUGCCAACAAGUUUCAAAAGUACUUUAAUGACGCACCGCUAUUGUCAGUGCCUGGAAGGACAUAUCCUGUCGAGAUCUUUUACACACCACAGCCUGAACCCGAUUAUCUGGAAGCAGCCAUUCGCACCGUUGUACAAAUUCACUUGACUGAGGCAGCUGGCGACAUCUUGCUAUUUUUGACAGGCGAGGAAGAGAUCGAGCAAGCAUGUCGAGAGAUCAAAUUCGAGAUCAAUAAUGAGAUGCGACGGGUUGAAUGUGGCCCAAUCAAGGUGCUACCAUUGUAUUCUACACUUUCACCCUCAGCACAACAACGUAUUUUUGAUGAUGCUCCACCACCACGUCGUGAGAAUGGUCCACCUGGAAGAAAAGUGGUUGUGGCAACCAACAUUGCAGAGACGUCACUCACCAUCGAUGGUAUCGUCUAUGUCAUUGAUCCUGGAUUCGCCAAGCAAAAAGUAUACAAUCCUCGCAUUCGAGUGGAAUCGUUACUUGUAUCACCCGUAUCCAAAGCAAGCGCUCAGCAGCGUGCAGGACGUGCAGGACGUACAAGACCUGGCAAAGCAUUCCGCCUUUAUACGGAAGAGUCGUUUCACAAAGAGCUCAUUGAGCAAACGUAUCCAGAGAUUAUGCGUAGCAACAUGGCCACUGUUGUCUUGCAGCUCAAGAAAUUGGGUAUCAACGACCUUGUGCAUUUUGAUUUCAUGGAUCCACCAGCACCAGAAACCCUUAUGCGUGCCCUCGAGUUGUUACAUUUCCUUGGUGCCCUCGAUGAUACAAGUGCCCUUACACCCACCGGUGCUCUCAUGUCACUCUUCCCUCUUGAUCCUCAAUUAUGCAAGGUGCUCAUUGAAAGUCCAAAACAUGGAUGCUCGGAUGAGAUAUUAUCAAUCGUAUCUUUGCUAUCAGUACCUCAAAUCUUUGUGCGUCCUCAUGAAGCAAGGAAACAAGCCGAUGCAGCAAAGCUCAAGUUUGUAUUACCAGAGAGCGAUCAUAUCACCCUUCUCAAUGCUUAUCGGGCGUAUAAAAAGAACAACGAGGAUCCCGAAUGGUGUUGGCAAAACUUCCUCAACUAUCGAGCGCUCAAAUCGGCUGACAAUGUGCGGAACCAAUUAGGCCGAGCGAUGCAAUAUCACAAGCUUAAGCUGUUGUCCUCACCCAAAAGGUUUUCAAGCAUUCGCAAAGCUUUGGCUACUGGAUUCUUCAUGCAGGUGGCACAUCUAGAACGUUCGGGACGCUAUGCAACGAUUAUGGACAAUCAAAUCGUGACGAUGCAUCCAUCAUCAGGACUCGCACAUAAGCCCAAAUGGGUCAUUUUCCAUGAGUUUGUUCUUACGACACGCAACUAUAUCCGGAAUUGUACCGAAGUCAAGCCCGAAUGGCUGUUGGAAUUGGCACCUGAUUAUUACAAUAUGAUGAAUUUUCCACAAUCAUCUGCAAGACGUGCAUUAGAAAAAUUAGAGCAAGAGCAAUUUGAUGAGAAGAAAAAGAGGAACAAGAGGAAGGGUUCAAAGAAAUGGGAAUACUAA